AUGUCGAUCGGCGACACGGACUCCGAAGCCGACAAGCUGUCUGACUCAGAGUGCUCAAAGGACGCCGGAAGCGCCAAGAGGCUAGCCCGUGUCGUCGUCGUCGCCGGCUUGACGGCGGCCAUCACGUGCGCUUCCAUCACCUUUCGCGCGGCGUCGUUUUCAGGCGGAGGCAACAAGACGCACCCGGCUUCCGCCGCCGAAACGUCGCGCGAAGAAGUGCAACUAGACGCCGGCAUACUGAACCUCAUCCAGCCCUUCGUGAACACUUCGCAAGAGCCGUGCCGCGACUUCUACGCUUUCGCAUGCGGCGCGUACAGGAAUCCGUCGGCACAGACAAUCACGCAGAUGCAGGAAGAGAUGUACGACGCACUACUCCGCGCUCUUUCGUCCAUCAGGUAUCCUGAGCGAAGACAGAGCGCCGCCCAGAAGGCUGCAGCCUUGUACAACAGCUGCCUGAGGGUUCGAACCGGCGACCUCGACGAGUCUGCGACGCUGAGGGAGCUUGUCCAAAGCGUCGGUCUCUCCGUGCCCGAUUACGCCCACGCGGAAGCCCUGGACCGUGCCCUGUUCCUGUUCUUCAAGUAUAACCUGCUCACUCUGCUCGGGCUUUAUCUGGAAGACUCGCAACUCUACAAAGGUGCCAGGGAAAUCAAGAUCACGCUCAAUGCCCACCAGUUGGUCUGGUUCCGCCAGAGAUCCCAUAACGUGCUGACGGCUUUGUUCUAUGAUCCGCACCUUUACGCACUCGGCCUGCAAAAGGAUGGUCACGAAGCCUUCAGAACAGCCAUUGAGAUAGCCGAAUCUGAGAACAUGGCCAUCGGUCUCCUUACGAAGGACACUCUGCAGAACGUGAACAGCCUCGUUUUCUCGACGGUCGGGGACAUUGGGAUCAACACGCCCAGCAUACGUCCUGGCCGUUGGGAAGCCCUGAUCGUGGCUCACAGCGACAACAUCUACCGGAAGGGGCACAAAGUUCAAAUUAGCGUUAGUGCCUUGUCCUACUUUGACAAAAUCUAUUCGAACCUCGGAGAGGCAACAACGAGCCUUCUGGUAGCGUGGGAGCUCGUGCGCACUUUGGCGCCCUUGACAUCGCCGGCAUUGGCAGCGCAAGUACGAAAUUUCUCCUUCAUUUGCCUGCGCUCCGUCAUCAGGGCCAUGGAGGUGCCGCUGCUUUCGCACUACUUGUUCAGGGCCGUUCCGGCCAGCGCCGUCAACUCCGCCAGGAAAAUGUUGUGGCGCAUACGGCAGUCUGUCAUCGAGGAGAUCCGUCGCGCCAGCUGGCUCGACGACUUCACCAAGGCGACGGCUCUGGACAAGAUGCGUGCCCUCCAGGCGCACGUGGGCUAUCCCAGAUAUUUCGCCAACGACCAACAGCUGGACGAAGUGUACUCGCGCUAUCCGAACGUCUCCGGUCGCUUUCUCGAGCCGUGGUUGUCUGCGAUGAAGCUGAACAUUCAGUGGGAGAUGAGAAACAUAAGCAGCUUCAAGUUUUCUCUGCGCUCCACGAAUGCCGCCUACUUUCCCAUGCGCAACGUGCUCAUUCUGCCGGCGACCAUACUGCGUCCUCCGGUGUUCUCGCCCGGUGCGCCGAUGGCCUAUAAUUAUGGAGGCCUCGGAACCGUCAUCGGGCAUGAAAUGACUCAUGCUUUCGACGUUCAGGGCAUGCUGUGGGACAGUGACGGCCAGCGGCGUGACUGGUGGUCCGAGUCGUCCCGUCUCUCUUACGACGACAAGCUUCUGUGCCUGCGACGCUCCCACGGAAUCUCGCGAGAAACGGCCGACUCCGAGAACGUGGCAGACUUCGCGGGCGUCGUCUUAGCGCUCGCCGCGUACAAGGGGCUGCUGCUGCGGGACAGUUCCGAGCGCCUGAUGGAGCUCCGCGUCAACGCGCAGCAGCUCUUCUUCAUUGCCAGCUGUAUCAAGUGGUGCGCCGCCAACUCCAGCGCGUCGUUCGCGAAUUACGCCUCCUGGAGGGAUCGCUGCGUCAUUCCGCUCAAGAACAUGAAGGCCUUCGCGUCCGCGUUCGGAUGCUCGCACACGUCAGAUAUGAGUCAAUCCACGCGAUGUACCUUUUGGUAAAACGAUGCCUCUGAAAUCUGCGUCGCACGUGUGCAUACGCUGUCACCAGCAUAUGGCGAAAAUGCACGUGUAGAUUUGCUA